AAGGGGAAGAGAGGAGAUAAAGUGAUUCCUCCGAGAAAGAAGGCGGCGAAGGAGAGGGAAUUCGGAAGGACUCCACUGAUGAGAGAGAGGAGUUGAAAGACACCCCCCUCGAGAGACACCAGAGACUGACUCUAAAACUCUCUCUCUCUCUUUGUCACACCACAAGGAUUUGAUGCCCCUCAGCCUGUUCACUUCUGUGUGUUCAUGUUUCCCACAGGUUUCUCUUCCCCCAACCCCCCAGCUGCAGCCCAGGAGGUCAGACCUGCCACUGAUGGUAACACCAGCAGCAGCUCCUCCUGCAAGAAGAGAAAGUUAAAUAACAGCAGCAACAGCAAUUCUGAAAGAGAAGAAUUUGAUUCCAUUUCUUCCUGCGCCUCUUCUCCUUCCAAAAACACCUCCUCAUCAUCUUCCUCUGUCAUCACCACCUCCUCGUGCUCCUCCUCAGGGGUUGCCUCCUCUAACCAUCACCUCCAGAAGAAGCUACGCUUUGAGGACUCCGUGGAUUUUAUUGGACUCGAUGUGAAGAUGGCUGAAGAGUCUUCUUCCUCCUCUCCUGCUGCCUCUUCUCAACAGCAGCACCAACAACAGCUCAAAAAUAAAAGCCUUUUAAUUUCGUCAGUGGCUGUGGGGCACCAUGCAAACGGCCUGACCAAAGCUGCCUCCUCUACUGUUUCCAGUUUCGCCAACAGUAAACCUGGCUCCGCUAAGAAAUUAGUGAUCAAGAACUUUAAAGAUAAACCCAAGUUGCCUGAAAACUACACAGAUGAAACCUGGCAAAAGCUGAAAGAAGCUGUAGAAGCUAUCCAGAACAGUACUUCAAUUAAGUACAACUUAGAGGAGCUCUAUCAG